AUGAUUCAUGGUCCCAACUCAUAAUUUUCUGGUGCAUUCACGAUAGGCAAAAGAUACGAAUGUAAUUUAUGUUUUAAUGAUAGGUGCAAUAUACUAAACCAAUCCAAAUCCUGGGUAUUAUAUCUAUUCACAUUAGACCAAAUCAUUAUUCAGUGAAUCUCUUGGACAAGCCUCUGGCAUAUAAAUUUACAAAGUCUAAGCGGAAACCUCUCUAUUAAGCUACAGCAGCUCCAGAUCCUGGGGCUUAUGAGAAUAAAAUUCAGGCAAAAUUUAGCAUAACUUAUUAGGCAAUCUUACCUCACUCUUCCUCGGUUGCAUUCACUAAAGCAAAAGAGACUUCUCCCAAAGAGACUGAGAUAGGUCCUGGGUCAUAUAAUUUAGCUGUGUAAAAGAAAGCACCUGCAUUUACUUUUCAAAGUCGAUUUGAUUCCAUUGGGAAUGAGAUUAUGAAAACACCAGGUCCUGGAAAUUAUGAGAUGGAGCAUAAUCAUAUUUUGAAGCCCAAAAAUAAAGGGUUUUCGACUAGUUAAAGAACUAACAUGCUAUUAACUAAUCAUCCAGGUCCUGGUUCUUAUGAAGUGGAGAAGCCUCAGUUUCUAACAAAUGUUAAGUAAGUUAUAGUUUAGAUUCAAAAAGGUUUCCAAAAUCAUAACGUAGCACGAAUUGGAGUCAGAUUGGACCAGGUCCAGGAGCAUUUGAUCUUAAUCUGCCUAAACAUUAAGGAAUAACCUUUGGAAGCAAAACUAAUUAAUCAAUAGAUAGAUCGAAUGUUCCAGGGCCAGGUAGUUAUGAUGCAGAAGUUGUGGAGGGAAAGUUUAAGAGCAUGAAAGGAGCUAAGUAAUUUAAAUUUUAAUUGAAGAAUAGGAAAAUCUGAAAGAGGUAGUCUAAAUUUGUAAAAGUUUGGACCUUCUCCACUAGAUUAUGAUGUAACCAAUUAUAAGUAUCCAACGAGACAUGCAAGGUUUAUUUGGAUAUAUUAUAUGAUUGUAGUUUCAAUAAAGCAAUUAGACCAUCAAUGAUAUCUACUGAGCGAACUCCAGGACCAGGAACAUACACGAUAGACAUGAAAUUCAAAAAGGGUGGUCCUAUAAUCCCAAAGGCCUCCAAAGAUUAAAUCAAUCUAUAAAAUUUACCAGUUAUGAAUUCUAUUUACUGUGUAGGGGCCCGGAAAGUAUAAUCCCAAUGAUUCGAUGACUUCUAACAAAGGACCGAGUUAUCACAUUGCUAAGAAAUACGACAAACCUUAAGAGUCUAGUUUGAUAGGGCCUGGCAGAUAUAACAUUCCUAGAGAUAUUACAGAUGGACCCAAAUACACGUUUCCUACUCUUGAGAAGAGUAUGGAGAAGAAGUCAAUAGAUUUAAAUCAGUAAGAUAGCCUAUUAAAUAUAGAUCACAUUGUUAUGAUAUUAAAUAAACGAUUGGGUAUAUACCAUAGUAUGUUCUUCAGAAUUGA